AUGCCGUUCGCGUGCCGGUUCCUGAGCUUGACUUAUCUAUCCUUCCUCCUCUUCACCACCCUCCUGACGGCCGAAUUCACCAACUCCUUCACAAGUCUCAGCUACGGCUCAGCCGUCCGAUUAACCUGGGACACUACCACCGCUCUCGUACCGCCCGAGUCCUACCCACUGUUCAUCACCGCACAGCUCAUCGAGAAUAUCGAGACUGAUGUUGGCAGUGGGGACACUGGGACGGUGACGGUAUAUAGGAUGAAUAUCACGACGGAAAUCAAUUCCUCCUCGAAUAACGCAUUUGAAUGGACUGGAAUCCCAUCACCCCUUCGCUGGUCACCCCAGGGACUUUUCCAGGUUGAACUCCACGGGUCUGCGGAUGGGACGCCCCUGGCGAAGUCUCCGUUCUUCACACUUGGUCAGCCGCCGUAUGCUGAUGGGACGGAGGGGAGCAAGCCUUCCAGUUUUCCAGGAGAGGAGGUAUGUUUUCUUGUUCUUCGAUCAGCGCCAUAUCGAAGGGAGAAUAGUGCUGACUGA